AUGCUUCAGCCAGCACCGCCCAGGCAGGUGCAGUGCCAGAGGUCGCGCAUGAGAGGAUGCACGAGCAGUCUGACAGGCGGGAAAACUACGGAGGCAGGGGCCGGGACAGCAGGGGCAGAGGCAGGGGUAGCAGGGGAGGAGGAUGCGCGGAGGGCGCCGUGCACAGAGCACAACCUGAAGAUUGGCGACACAGUGCUGGGGCGGGUGGUCAGGUCGCAGGGCAAGGGGUCCAACAUCGAGCUCGUGGAUGACCCGCGCAUCAUCGGGUUCUCACUGGCGGUGGAUGGUCCUUACCUGAUGCGCGACCGCGUGGGCUACAACCAGACCAACAUGCUGCUGCCCAAUGGCCUCGUACGCGAGUUCCUCGUGAAAGCCAUCCCAGAGAAUAUGGAGUACUAUGGCAAGGGGCCGCUGCUGACAGCCAAGGAGCUGGACAUUGCGGUGGCCUGGGAGAGGGCACGCCAGAUGAAGCAUGCAUGCGAGGAGGACAAGGAGAUAUUCACGGUUGUGGUGACGGACGUGAACUCUGGUGGCCUGCUGGCGACGAUGGAGUCGCUGCCAGCAUUCCUGCCCUACUCCCUCAUGGCCAAGAACCGCGAGGACUCCUGGAUGAGCAUCGAGGACGUGAAGAAAAAGUACCUCAAUAAGACAAUUGAGGUGGGCAUCAAGGAUGUAUCGCCGCAGCUUCGAAAGGUUGUGCUCAAUAUGCAGCAGGCCAUCACCAACCGCCUCCUCAAGAAACUCACGGUGGGGUCGCUGGUGUGGGGCACGGUGCGCCGGGUGGAGCCGUAUGGAGUUUUUGUGGGCCUUGAGGACACGCGCUUCUCUGGCCUGCUUCACAUAUCCAGCAUCUCCCGCGCGCACAUCGAGUCUGUGGAGGAUAUGUUCUCGGUGGGCGACCGCGUGCGCGCGAUGCUGAUCGGCAUGGACGAGGGAUUCUCCCGCAUCUCACUGUCAACAUCCGAGCUGGAAGCCGCCCCAGGCGACAUGCUUUUUUCCAAGGAGAAGGUGUAUGCAGAGGCGGACGUGCAAGCAACAGAGGCGCUGAAGAGGCUGCAGCAGAGGGAUGAGGACGAGCGCUUCUAUGGCAAUGACAAGGCCCCCUCUGCACGCCAGCAGGGCGGGGACUCCUUUGACUUCGAUGGAGACUACAAGGGGUAA